AUGACGAAUGCCGUGAAAUAUCGUCACGGCAUCGGAUCUUUGGCAACAGCAAUUUCCGCCGACACUCGAGCGCACGUCAUCGGCGAGCUUUACGACACCGAGAAGAAUUACGUCAAGAAACUUGGCUUUUUGAUAAAGCGCUACGAGCAAGCACUUCGAGGUCCAGAAUUUAGUUCCAUCAUCGACCAGUCGCUCGUGGACGACAUCUUCUAUCAGGUGCCUGACAUUUUGGGACACCACGAGAGGUUCCUCGAGGAGUUUCGGCGUCGCAUAGAAGCCAGAGAGUCCAACAUGUGCGUCGGCGACGUCAUCUAUAAUUUUGUGAGCGAUCCGGCAGUGCUGGGGAGCUACACGAGCUUCACUAAGAACUGGAAGGCGGCCCAGGAAGCGACCAAAGCCGCGGCUGCUGCCAAGCCGGCAUUUGCCGACUUUCUGGUGGCAAUGGCUCGGGAGCAUCCAGGCAAGAUGGACCUGAAGGCGCUGUUGAUCAGUCCCGUGCAGCGCUUCCCUCACUACGAGAUGCUACUAAAGCGGCUGCAGAAGCACACCCCACACGACCACCCUGACCACGCGCUGCUGGGGGAAGCCCUCAGUAAGGCUCAGGAGGUAACCGUCAAGAUCAACGACCACGAGAAGCGAGCGCUGCAGCAGGAGCACCAGCAAGAUAUCCUCAGGGACCUCGAGGCUGUUAUUGAGGGACUAGAAGGACUCGUACAACCUGACAGAACGUUCCUACAAGUUGACUUGGCGACGAUGCACUCUGCGCUGGGCAGUCGCAAGGACCGAUGUCUCUUCCUCUUCUCCGACAUCCUCGUCAUCGCUUCCGUCAAACGCAGGACCGGCGCCCUCAAGAAGAUCUCCAAUUGUCCCGUAACGGUGCUGAGUCUGGCAUUCCUGGAAGUGAGCAAACUCAAGCUCUUCAAGUUUAUUGCUCUUGACGACCUGGAGAUCGCCAGAUCUCGCGAUGAAGCCAUCAAGAAGCUACUGAAGGAGAUCGAGAACCUGGAGGAGGACCUACAGACGGUGCAGAGGAUGGCGGGCUUCAGCCGCGCCUUGCACACACCGCGGCCCAGCGUCGAGGAGGCGCUGCACGACGCAGAGAACGCCGUCAGGAAACAGCUCUCCGAGCGCCAGGGUCCUGACUCUAUCCUCAACGAAGUCGAGCUCACCAUCACCACCCAGGAGGGAGUGGAGAACAUAACAUUCCUGUUCCACAACCCGGAGAAGCGCGCCAACUGGGAGGAGGCCUUCCUUGGUGCCAAGCAGAAACUCGCGAUGUCAGCUGACCGUCGGCCUCCUCCGGAGUUUGUGCGCGCGCUGCCGGUGCGCAAGACGCGCGCUGGACUGCAGUUCACGUGCGCCGCGGCCACGACCGGCCUCAGCGUGCACAACCUGCGCGACGUGUGGGUGUGCAACAGUGACGGCUACGUAGGCCAGGUCUGCGUUCUUAGCCUUCACCCUGAGCCUGCGGUCGCCUGCUGUAACGGCGUCUGCAACGCCCGCAUCCUCAGCAUCGCCUCCGUCGCCGCUGCACAAAGUCUUGCGGCCGAAGAACCAGCGAAGACGCUGAGUCGCCCACCGUCCACCAUGACACUCAGAAACCGAGUUCGGUCGUCACGCCGGCGGUUGCCAACAGCCGACGGUGGUUUGGAGCAGUUGGUAGAGCGCGGCCUUGACAGUUUCAAAAAGUUUAGGUCUGAUGUCGGCCGAUCGGCGACUAGUAGAGAUGACAGUGACUCAAGUGACGACGACGACGAUGAGGAUGUCACGUGUGCCGAAGACAGCGGUCGCAAGCGUCGCAGCGAGUCCCUGCCACCGAGCAACAACAUCGCUUCUUCGGCGAGCAGCGGCGCCGCGGCUGACGAUGGCGAUGCACGACGACCUACCAUGUGGCUAGGUACCGAGGACGGCUUCAUCCACGUCUACAACUGCUCGGACAGCAUCAGGAUCAAGAAGAACAAGUUCAAGUUCCAACUUGGGUCAUCUGUUCACUCUAUAAUUCCUCUCGACAACCGCGUAUUUGCGUCUCUGGCCAGCGGAGAGGUGGUUGUGUUCACGCGCCACGACGACUCGUGGUCCGCUAAAGUGGACCGCGAAGUGGUGAUGGUCAGCUCUGCCGCGGCGCCCGUCAUCAAAAUGAUCCUGGUGGCUGGCAAGCUAUGGUGUGCUGCUGCCAAUACCAUCAAAAUACUCAACACAAAUACGCUGCAACUUGAGCACUCGUUUACGGUAGCGGGUGGUGAAGGUACCAAGUGUGGUGGGGUGACGUGUAUGGUGUCGGCUGGUCAGGGUGUAUGGUUAUCAUCACAUGGUUCAUCUAUCGUACGUCUGUACCAUGCUACCUCACACGAAUGUCUCUGUGAAGCCAACGUCUCUCCAGCCGUCACCAAGAUGCUCGCGUCGUCUCCAGGCUGCGACGACAUCAUCCGGCAGCACAAGCUAGCGUGCCUGCGCGUCACGGCGCUGCUAGCAUGCAAGGACGUCUUGUGGGUGGGCACUAGUGCCGGUGUGGUGCUCACCGCCCCACUGCCCCACCUGCCACACCACCAGCAACAUCAUCACUCACAUCCUCACUGGAAACCUCACCACUCCAGUCAUCACCCUGCCUCGGCAGCACUUAAUUUGCAAGCUGUGCCCCAUGGCCAUACGGGACAAGUCAGGUUCCUGACGUGCGUUGAGCUGACGCCCGAAGCGAGACCUGCCCGUGCCAAGUCACACUCCAGGUCCGCAGCCUCGUUUAAAAGCAAAGACUCUCAUCCGGCUGGCACGGCGGCCCCGACAAAGCUGCUCGUGAUCUCAGGAGGCGACGGUAGCGAAGACUUCAGAAACGCGAACGCGUCGGAGCUCGCGGGGCGAGACGACUCUACGAACCACCUGCUGAUGUGGCACGUAUGAGAACCAGCUGCUGAUGUGGCACGUAUGAGAACCAGCUGCUGAUGUGGCACGUAUGAGAACCACCUGCUGAUGUGGCACGUAUGAGAACCACCUGCUGAUGUGGCACGUAUGAGAACCACCUGCUGAUGUGGCACGUAUGAGAACCAUCUGCUAAUAGUUCACACAUGAGAACCAGCUGGGUGAAGAAACUUUGACCGAAACCAGCAACCGUCGGAUGUCGGACAAAAGUGAUCUAGUUGCCAGUGCGCACCAAAAUAGAGCUUUGCACAUCUGUGGUGUAUGGCGGAAAAACUCGAAAUGCAUCACAUUUGCUGAUGCUGAUAACGAAGAUCUGUGACGUAUUUUAAAUGUAACUAGUUUUUAAAUAUUUUUAACUUACACAUGCUUGUCGAUAGGGUAAUUAUAUAAAACACCGUAACGUGUUAAGGCAAGCGUGAGAACAAUACAGCUGCAACACGUCAAUGACUUCAACUGCGCCAGUAGUUUGUCUACUUGAUACCAUGCACUUUCCUGGUGCAUUAAACUUUAUUUUCAGUAAAAUUGUGAGAGGAAUCCCAACGACACGGUGAAAUGUACAGUCCAAGAUAAAUUCGCUCAAAAAUUAUUUUGCCCAAAGUUGAAUGAGAAAAAUUCUUGAAUGCUGUGUCGUUUGUCGCCUGUGCAUCAAUAUCACGGAGGUUUUCUAAAAUAAACGUUUCAGGGCAACCUGCUUAAAUUUCCGGUAAAUGGAAAAUAUUUCACCAUUUGUAAUAUAUUAUCAAAAAUAAAUUAUAUAUUGCUAUGAAUACUGCUUUGGAAUCAAGUAUUUUUUCAUUUCAUGGAAGCGUCACAAAGACAAAUCCAGAUCUAUAAGACACUUUGGGCUUGAAAGCGAUCUCGUUUGGGUUGAGUCUCAUUUUUCUAAGUUUGAGGGGAAACUUACAAUAUAAUUUUAUUUGGAAAUAAAUGACGUUCAAGUGCCAGAAUAUUAUUUUCAAGCAAGCUACUAGGGGCUCUAUCAAGUGUGGAGAUAUUUAAGAAGUAGAAUUAACCUAGUAAUUUGUAUUAUAUUAUAUUUAUCUUGUAUUAUACUGUAUAUGUCCCAGAUACGCUCAAAAAUUCUUAUUCCCAGAUCUUCAUCGUUCUUCUUAUAUUUCAAGGUAAAAGAGACAUUUACCCAUUCAUUUAUAAUCUAUAUAGUUUUUUAGCUCCGACAUUUUUACGUGCGUUUGAGAUAAAAUGGUUAACAUUGAAAAAGCUUAAGAUUGGACUUACCCUUACCAUUUAACCAUUUAAAUUGACUUUGGAUUAAAACCAAAAUCAAACUGACUCAGAAAAUAAUGUACCGAGGCAGUUAUUGCAUUCUAGUAAUUGUUUAAAUAUUUCUAUCAGAUAUUUAUCAGCUACGUAAUUACAACUUUUUGCACACGAAGGGUAGGAGUGUUCGCAGUUCGGUGGAGACCAAUUAAGUGCAGCUUGUCGCAUAACUUAAUUAAUUAAUUAGCUCUCCGUGGCAGUUAUUCGUUGCUUUUUAAUUUCUUAUUUCUAAGAAUGUCGCUGAGUAGUUUCAGCUUUCGGUAGCGUGCUUACAUUAAUAAAAUCAUUUUUUUUUCCGAUGAUUUAUGGUUGUGAUUUGAAUAAACUUCAGCCUUAGCUUGUUCUGGUGUGCGUGGAGGACGCAUCUUAAAACGUUUUUAAAUUAAACCGUGCGUCCUUCAAUUAUAUAAUCUUAAUCUAAUUGCUCUCCUCAUCCUUAGUAAACAUUUUUUUUUCAUUUGAUUAAUGAGGUGAAAUUGUCAUACGUAAUGGUGUUGAAGAAUGAGCUUUAAGUUUACCAGAUUAUGCAUUGAACUAUAUCCUAAAAUUCAAUUAAUGGUUUCGCAUCUGCAAUUUCAUUUCAAUUUUGGUUUGCAUCUGCUCAAGCAUUUUACAUAUCACAUAACAAAGUUUAUUUGUAGCCUCACCCUUCAUACAAAAUUGCAGCUAACGCUAGCAUAGGGCUCGUCAAACGCGUAGUGCUUCCCAAAAAGGUACGCUCACUGUUAGGUGAUUAGAAAAUUGUGCAUGUCGUCUGAUUUUCUGAGGGACACAUUGCACCGAUUUUAUAUUAAUGAUUAUAUUUAUUUGUGAUUAUUGGUUAGUUAUGCGCAAUUCUACUUUCCUACAGAUAUUUUCUUCAAAAAAAGUUUUUGUAAUGAGAGAGUUUACAAUCAAAAUAGGCUAGGCCGCAAAAGCUUCUAAGCAAAUAAUGUGCGAAUACUGAACCGUAUAGUUCUUUUUUUACCUUCUUUAAUCUCACACUAAUUUUGAAUUCGAUGAUGUUCCGUUCACAUUGUCUUAAAAGUGCAGCUAUAAAAAAUUAUAUCUAUAUAUAACUACACAAGCUUGCACUAUAACCCUGUAAAUUAAUCAGUCUCUUCAUUAUCUGCAUUUUUUUGUGCAUACAAUUCACAUAUUUCUCUUUGAACCUUGAAGCGGCUCCCUCUGUAUUUACUCCUGCAAAUGUAACACGACUCUUUAAUCGGACUCUGUGAAAUUUUCCAUCAGAUCCAUUACGCUCAUCAUACUUUCUGAAGCGGCAAUUACUUAUGUAGCGAGAGUUUCCUGAUUGGCUAAAAACUUAUCGCUUCAGACUAAGGAUCAGGAAUGUGACUCCUGUUUAUGUAAGUUCUUGUGUCUCCAGGGGAAGUUUCUUUGUUGAGAUUCGUUUUGGCUGUAUUAUUAGAGUAUAUGAGACUAUUUAUAAUGUAUUAUUAUUAAAAACACUGAUAAUGAAAUCUACAAACACGGAAUUUCAAAAUUGUUUCAAUGGGGAGAGAACCCGAUGCAUUUUCAAGCAUGUCCGAGGCUAUCGACUUGUUCUUUAACUUCGCGUUGCAGCACUGGGCUCAAUUGGUAUUUUCGAAAAGUAAGCAUUUCAAUGUAUAAUAUUGUACAGAUAAUUAUCUAGUCUGACUAAACCAGUUGUCAUUUUUAAAGAUUUAAUUUUAAAUAAUAUUUUCUCUUCGAACGGAAUGAGAGGUUAAACUCAACGAUUCUGCUCUACAUUCGUUCAACAAGAAAAGUACAUAUCGUUAUUGCUUCGUUAUACUAAUGUUGUUUUGCACAUAAUACAAUUAAACUGAUUAAGCAAUACAAUUAUCUUGUACGGCGUCAAACGCGACAUUGAUGAACUAUAUUUCUUAUGAUUACUUUUUGCUCAUUAGUUUGUGAAGAAUUAUUUCGUCUUAAUUGCUUUUUUGUUAUGACAUAAGAAAAUGGAAGAAAUGAACUACCUUCCUACCAAAAAUAGAGCGUCGAACGCCUAUGAAUAAUUAGGGCUCCGUUUUAAAGUAUACGUUAUAAAUUCAUGCUCGAAUUUUUACAUACUUCUGUAUAGCCCAAUAGGACUUCCAUGAAUCGUUCAGAAGCGUCACGGUAGCUUCAAACACUUCAGUUUUCGAUAACACUUCGUUAUCACAUGAAAACUUCUGAAGUUUUCAGUUAUAAACAUUUUUUAGCUUUAAUUCAAACUGGUUCGUCUUUAAAUACUUCACAACUUUGCCCGGUAUCUGCGAUGGAGGAAGACAAAAAACUCUGUUGCGACCACCCGGCUGCGUACUAGACAGCCUAUGUACGGCCGCGCAAAACUGCAAUGCGUGAGCGCGGCUUACGUUGGUGUGGUGGUUGUUGCCACAGAAUCAGGAACUGCUGUCGUUACUUGUUUUGUUCAUAUGUUACACGUCAUGGAGGAAAUUAUAAGAACGAUUUGUGUGCCUCCGUCUGAUCGUUGUAUGUGGAUGUGAUUGUGUGUGCGUUCCGGUUACCACAAACUUUAUAUUCUCUUUAUAUUUCAUGCUGUGAAUUAUUUUUUCCUCCCCUCAUUUUCAUCAAUUCCAGCGAGCAGUAAAGCUUUUUUUAUUGAAUUAGCUUACAAUUGUGAAUUCUUUUUUUUAUGCAUAAUGAGGUCGUGGCUUCGUGGUCGCGGGAUUUCAGAGUAAUUAAGUUUGAAGGCGCAUAAAACCAGCAAAUGUUAGCCCAAGCUUACCCCAUUACCGAAUUUCGAAGCAAAUGUGUCCUUGUAUCAAUGACUCAUUGUAGCUGGAAUGCGCUCCUCUCAUUGUAAGAGAAAAUAAGGAUGAAUCACAUCACAAAAUUGAUUAGGUUGGUUGCACUGAGGUUGGUUUACAGAUGAAAAGUAUUUGAAGUAAACAGCUUGGUCAGAAACUAGAGAAGUUGCGCCUUUCAAUGUAUAAUGUAGACUGCUUUAUUGUGCAUCUUGUGGUCAAAUGCUAUUAAACGGUCGUUUUUUAAAUAUAUUAUUACGCUUCAAUAGGAAAUAAAUAUUUUGACUUAA